UUUGUUUUUCAGCCGGUCCGCUUUAGCAGUUGCACACGAAUUAGCAGUUAGCGCUGACACUAGUCCGCUAGUGUUUUUCAACUAGUGUCUAUUAUUGUGUUUAUACUUAAGUUACUAUAUUUGUACUCAACAUUUCGAAGACCAUAUUUGGAUAACAAAUCUGACUUAUACAGGAUCAGUUUUCCUCAUGGUCUGACUUAGUUUGCUUACUAACAUGGAUGACAGUAAUCAGACCUCUCCUGAGGGAUCUGUAGACCCCUCUCUCGUGUCAGAAGAUGGUAAAAAUGUGAAAUCGGUGUUGUGCCAGAGAUGUUCUUCAAAAGUGCUCUGCCCAGGCAUGGCAGUGAUUGCAGAAAAGGAGCUGUUUCUGCCUUCAAUGAGGAAGAAAACCUCCAUUGGUCAGUCAGAUGGAUCUUUGGAUGGGGACACGUUAACAGCUCACUGGCUGGUGGAUGACAUGUACACAUUUGAGAAUGUGGGUUUCACAAAAGAUGUAGGCAAAGUGAAGUACCUUAUUUGUGCGGAUUGUGAAAUUGGACCCAUUGGUUGGCAUUGCCUGGAUGACAAGAAGAGCUUCUAUGUGGCAUUGGACAGGGUGAACCACGAAUAGUCACUGUUUGGAAAAAUUCUAGAGCAGGGGUGUCCAAUCCUGCUCCUGGAGGGCCACUGUCCUGCAGAGUUUAGCUCUAACCCCAAUUAAACGCACCUGAACCAGCUAAUACAGGAAACUUCCAGGUUGUGGUAAGUUUGAGCUAAACUCUGCAGGACGGUGGCCCUCCAGGACCGAGUUUGGACACCCCUGCUCUACAGUAUUUGACUACAAACUCAAAUGGCAUUCUUGUUUGGAAAAAAAACUACUAUAGGUCUUUUGUUUUGCUCUCUUCACAGAGUUCAGAAAAAUGUAAUUGGUUUUUGUAUAGUUUUUUUUAUUGUGAUGUUUUCAUUUUCACUGAAGUGUAUGCUAACAUGUACACGUUUAACAUCAUAGUCUGCCAUAGAUGAAUGGAGACGAUCCUUUUAAACAUUCCUUAACACAAGACCUUUCCAUUAUCUCUUAGAAAAAGUGUCUUAGAAAAUAUUUUCAGAACACAUGAAGUCACUUUUGUGAAUGAGAUUUAGAAGUGCUUGUCAAAUAACAAAAUUCAUUGUUGACCAUUUAAGAUAAUUCCAAUAUUAUACUGAAAAAAAUAAAAUAUAACAUAACUCUAAA